AUGCAGAAACGAAGCGAUUUAUCCGACUUCCAAAAGGGCAUGAUUAUUGGCUUUCGGGCCAAGGGUGGAAGCAUUUCCGAAACGGCUGAGUUUGUGAACUGUUCGCGUGCCGCCGUGGUAAAAGUGUACCGUGCAUGGCAAAAUGGGACUGUCCAAAAUCAGCGACGUGGCAAAUGUGGUGCACCACGGGCCAUAGAUGACAGAGGCGAACGACGGUUGCGGAGAUGCGUUCGGGCAGAUAGACGGGCUACCGUUGAGCAACUGACCACCAAAAUGAACCAAGGGGCUACCAAAGUGGUCUCCCAAAGUACUAUUCAGCGAACAUUGCUUGCGUCUGGGCCUCCGAAGCAGACGCCUGGUUCGUGCACCUAUGCUGACUGCUGUUCAUCGACGGCGAAGGCUAGAAUUUGCACGCCAGUACAGCAGCUGGACGUCCACUGA